AUGUCGGAUAAGAAGGUUCCGGCACUUGAGGUGCAACCUGAUAAGGAACUGUUCUUCAAAGUUCCCUUUACCGAAAUCGUCGUGUCCCAUGUCACCAUAACAAAUUACCAGGAUUUCAACAUAUCCUUCAAGAUUUUGUCAACUCGGCCUGAACGAUAUUUUCUUAAUAUUCAGGAUAAGGUGCUUAAACCUGGGUAUUAUUUGAAGGUCGAUGUAACCGUACUGCCAUUCGACUACCAGCAAUGGGAGGAAUUCGAUGAUGAGUUAAUUAUUCGGUGUAUUGUCCAACCGAAAGACCAGGAAGCGGAUCGAGCUGUAUGUGGCAGCUGUAUAAUUCUUGAUCUGCGUUCUACAGUACUCACUGAAAAGCAGACAAAGCCUAAUGAGGAUGUGCUAUUCUCAGUUAAGAAGGUGGACUGCAUGCUCAAGUACGUAUUCAAAUCGCCUGGAAUGCUCACGUCAUCUCAGUCAGAUUCCGGCUCACAUUGCAAAUAUGCCUCUUUAGAGUUGAUACUAGCUGAGCUGUUGGGAGUGCGCGAGGAUGUCAAAUUACUCAAGGUAAAUAUUUAUGAUAACAUUAUCUAUUAG